GGAAAGUGUGUCCCAGACUGGAAGGGGGGAAAGUGUCCGGACUGGAAGGGGGUGAAAGUGUCCAGACUGGAAGGGGGGGAAAGUGUCCGGACUGGAAGGGGGGGAAAGUGUCCGGACUGGAAGGGGGUGAAAGUGUCCAGACUGGAAGGGGGGAAAGUGUCCGGACUGGAAGGGGGGGGUGAAAGUGUCCGGACUGGAAGUGUCCGGGGGGGAAAGUGUCCGGACUGGAAGGGGGUGAAAGUGUCCGGACUGGAAGAGGGUGAAAGUGUUCGGACUGGAAGGGGGUGAAGGUGUCCAGACUGGAAGGG